CCGCCCCCCCUCCCACAGCCCGUUGCCAGGGCGGCGCGCGGACUCGUCGUGGCGGGUGGCGGCUAUGAGCGGGGUACUGGACGUGCUGUGGGAGGACCGGGAUGUCCGCUUCGACAUCUCCCCGCAACAAAUGAAAAUGAGACCUGGAGAGGUCCUUAUAGACUGCUUAGAGUCUGUUGAAGAUACCAAAGGAAACAAUGGAGACAGAGGCCGACUGCUUGUGACAAAUUUGCGGAUCAUUUGGCGCUCACUGUCGUUGCCCAGAGUCAAUCUCUCUGUCGGUUACAACUGUGUUAUAAAUAUAACUACAAGAACUGCCAACUCAAAAUUACGAGGGCAGACAGAAGCUCUGUAUAUAUUGACUAAAUGUAACAAUACUCGGUUUGAGUUCAUAUUUACCAAUGUUGUUCCUGGAAGUCCCAGACUCUUCACUUCAGUUAUUGCUGUGCACAGAGCUUAUGAAACUUCCAAAAUGUAUCGUGAUCUGAAGCUGAGAAGUGCAUUGAUUCAAAACAAGCAACUGAGAUUGUUACCACAGGAACAAAUAUAUGAUAAAGUCAAUGGAGUUUGGAAUUUAUCAAGUGACCAGGGAAAUUUGGGAACAUUUUUUAUUACUAAUGUGAGAAUAGUUUGGCAUGCAAAUAUGAACGACAGCUUUAAUGUCAGCAUACCAUAUCUACAAAUUCGUUCAAUAAAAAUGAGAGACUCCAAGUUUGGUUUGGCACUUGUGAUAGAGAGUUCUCAGCAGAGUGGAGGAUAUGUACUUGGUUUUAAAAUAGACCCUGUAGAGAAACUACAGGAGGCAGUGAAAGAGAUUAAUUCACUUCACAAAGUUUAUUCAGCUAAUCCUAUAUUUGGAGUGGAUUAUGAAAUGGAAGAAAAGCCUCAACCCCUUGAAGACCUAACAGUGGAGCAGGUUCCAGAUGAUGUGGAAAUAGAAUCUGAUGAACAUACAGAUGCUUUUGUGGCUUACUUUGCUGAUGAAAACAAGCAACACGAUCGGGAGCCUGUUUUUUCAGAAGAACUGGGACUUGCAAUAGAGAAGCUAAAGGACGGAUUCACACUCCAGGGACUCUGGGAAGUAAUGACCUGAUUUAGAUUGGCACGUUUGUUUCCUAAGCAAGGAGAAACUCUUGGUUCUUGCUGGAUUUAGAUCUGCAGAAGAUAAUUUAGAAAUAUCGGAAUAGCAGAGAAAGAACAUGCCAAAGCUAAAGAGCAGGCAAAUAUUAUAUAAUAAGCCCCAGGCUAUGUCAUAAAAGAAAGAUUAUUCCAAAACCUUGUAUGCUUAAAGGCUUUGCAUUUCUUCUGCUGCCUCUAAGCAGUGGGAGGACAGCCACUCUGUAAGGCAGGCAGGGCGGGGUGCAGCUGCUGGGGGAAGCGCUGCCCCCUGCAGGCCCCCCUCGGUCACGGCUGUAAGGACCUGUGAAUUCCCUCUGCCUGUCAGACUGGGAGCACCUUGGAGUCCCUCUGCACAACGGCAUGGCAGUGCCAUUUGACACACUUGUAACCUCCGCUGUUUUCAAGAUUGUCCUUUUUCUCCCUCCCCUGACAACACGAGAGUUGGCCGUGGUGUUUCAGACCCCAUUUUAUACAACUUCAUGGCUCCUGUGUUUAUGGUAUUGCGCUUUGGCUGCCAGGACCAGGCACUGAUUGCCAUUUUACAUAGCACUAUGUCAGAAAAGGAAGCCUCCUCUUUUUCUGCACAUGGAGACCACUGUUUGAGACAGGGCAGUGUGAGGUAUGCAGUUUGACGCUCAAUAUCAAGUAUUCAUGUAUUUAUACAGAGUGAUGUACUUUCCCAUAAUGAUUAUGUUUGAAUUAAAUUUCCAUAACUUGUUUAAUGAUUUGCAACACAGAAACAUUUUGUACGUAGGCAUAUUGGCUGUGUUAUUGAUAGCUUUAAGAAAAAGCAGUUCUGUUCCAAAUAAUAGCUUUCAUGUCUCAUAAUUUUGCUAAAUAUUCAGCACUUAUCAUUCCAAGUAUUUAAUUAUAAUCCAGAUAUGCUCAUACAGUUGUUGUUUGUUCGUUUGUUUUUGCUAGAGCACUUUUUUAAGCAAUGAUCUAGAAAAAAAUGCACAUGCAAAUAGCUUCUGUGUGUAAGUCAUUAGACCUUUUAUGAUGUUAUGUGUUAUAGAGGAAUGAGUCAUUUAUUGUUUAAAGGAAGACACAGCUGUUACGUUUUCUAGUGAGAUAAAACCUCUGUGCUGUUUUCUAUAAAUGGAAAAAGUCAAAUGAGCUCUCCUCUCAGCUGUUAUUUCAGCAGCUGACUGUUAAAGUAACUGUGGUGUGAAUGUAAUACUGGUGUUUGUAGAAAACCUUUCAAGGUAUAUGUUUUAAUGAAAUACUACCUAUAUUGAAAAGCAGUCGUUAUUUCAAUAAACUUUGAUAAUACUAUA